AUGAGUCAAUCAUCCCUUUUGAUCCGUAACGGAGGUUCCUCCAAUGGAGAUCGUAACGCCACUCAAUUGGAAGAUGAUAUCAUACGCAUACCGGAGUGUGAUCUCAAUGACGUCAAGGAGCGUUUCCGUCUCACGCUCAUUGGACGUGUUUUCCACAUCCGUGGAAGGAGCAUCGAUGCCCUGAUCAACCUUCUCCCCCGCCCCCGGAUCUGGAAUGUAGAGGGAAAAGUCCGUGGACUGAACCUCGGGAAUGGCCGCUUUCAAUUCGAUUUUGACAAAGAGGAGGACUUGCAGAUGGUCCUAAAUAAGCGUCCCUGUCAUUUCAACCAGUGGAGUUUCGCGCUGGAACGUUGGGAACCCUUCACUAGCGAAAAUUUUCCAAACACGAUCCCGUUUUGGAUCAAUGUGACGGGAGUCCCAGUUCAUUUCUGGAAUGAUAAAACUUUCACGGAGAUUGCUAACGCGCUUGGGAAAAAGCUCCUAGUCGAUGAAAAAAAGGCGCGAAUCCAAGUCUCCAUUGACGCGGACAAACCCCUGCAAUUUGAGCGAAGAAUAGGAUUCCCAAGUGGAGACAUCGGGAAAGUAUCGUUAUCUUAUGAUGGCCUUCACCGUUACUGUUUCACCUGCAACCUCAUCUCUCAGGAUGAAAAUACAUGCCCCCUGUUGGCACCAGAGGAAAGAGAACUUAAGAGGAAGCUGCGACAGGAAAAUUUAGAGAACAAUGAACGGGCAAGAUUCCCUAUUCAAGGCUCCCAAGGUUUUAACUCUCGAAAUCCGCUAAAGCGAGCCCGCUCCCCUACUAAUGGGAGUCAUCCUAGCCCCUCGGAAACCACGAGAUAUAGCGAACUCAACCGUGAGGAGAAAAGAAGGAGAAGCGCGUCCUCGUCCUAUCAACCUCGCGAAACUCGAGUCACUGAUCCUCGUGCUAGAGAUCGCAAGAGUUCGAGCAGACAAGAGAACCACUACACCCAUCAUGGCAGAGAAGUAUGGAGCCGUCUGGAAAACCCAGCUAGGAAGAAGGAACUGCAAGGAUCACAAAGAGGACGCACCACAAAACACUCUGAACGGAACAUCUUUCGCAAGGAGACGUCCCGUCCAAGCAACAAACCUUACGCUGAAUGGCGACCACGAAGCUUUUCUGGAGAACACAGAAACAGACCAGGCAACUACUUUUCUGGAGAACACAGAAACAGACCAGGCAACUACUUGGCACCUCGCCGGAUGGAGGACGAACGUUUGGAAAGAUCUAGAGCUACUUUUGACUCUCAAAAGACCAUUACGAACAAUCGUGUAUCCCUGGAAUCAGGAGAGUUUUUUGAAACUCAUCGAUCGGAUUUUGACGCUGCAAUGGCAGAGGAGGAAAGGAUCCGUCGCCUCAAAGGCAAAGCCAUUGCCACCGGACCACCUUCACCAACGCACAAGACUCCCAGACCCUGA